UUAUCUCUAGACAAAUUGACUCACAAUCAGUAAAUAUCGCGAUAUCGAAUUACCUACUCUAGUUUCUCUUUCGCAAAUACUGCCACGUCUAAUAUUUAAGGAAGGCAAAUAUCUGUAUUUGGCAAUUCUAAUUAUCGUUAAUUCUAUACACAAAUAUAAUUUGACGAGGCUUAUGAUUAACAAGAUAGAGAUAGAAAGUGCAGCUGUGCAUGCUUUUCUUGUUUUCUAUGUGAUAUUCAAAGUUUGCGAUAGCCUGUGAAUUGAAAAUUGCACUCAAAGGUCUUAUAAUAUGUAUACUAAUUACAAUAUUUGUACAGAUAAUUCGUACAGGCGAGCCUUUUGAAAUUGGUAUUUAUUGAUUUAUUAUAGUCAUUUGACGGUAAGCCUAUAUUUUCCGAGAAUAGGCAGGAAGCAUAUUCGGGAUAAGGAUAUAAACAUGUGUCCAUUGCAGACCUUUGACAGAUAAAGAAAUGUGUGUUCAUAUUUAGAAUUAUAAACUAAACUAAUUGCAGGAAUCAGAGUUUUAUGUGUCAUUUGAAAAAAAAGAGGAUUUUCUUUUUCAUCCAAAUUCUCACACCGAAUGCCUUGUUUCGGAAUAUCAAAUAUUAUCUAACCGUAUCGAACAAAGUAUUUACUUUUAUUUUUGUUUUAAUACUAAAAUCAUGAUAACACACAACUAAUGUAUAUAAAUAACAUGUAAAAAGGGCCAAAUUAAUCCUCGAAUUCCUUGAUAAUAGUCAACAAUAACAAUUUUAUCAUGCACAAAUAUCGUGCGAUCAAUUAAAAUUUUUCUCUAUACAAACGGUGACCAGUUUAAUUGAAGAAGGAAGUUUUCCGAACGGUGACACGUUUCCUCUAUAAAAAAUGGCAAUAAAUCAUAACACAACGAUUGGGCAAUGAUCAUGAUCGAUUACAGUAAAAUAAAUCGAAGCCGAAAUCUAUUCCUCGACGGAUUAUUCUUCUGAACAGCGCGCCGCGUAGUAAAUUCCUUUGGUGGUUGGCCAAUAUUUAAAUUCCAUUAUAUUCAUUCAGGGGUCUAAACGUAAAGUGCCGUAUUGAUUAUUAAUCGUGUAAGAGUUACAUUAUUUUUAUAGCACGUGAACAAUUGACUUGUUCUGUUUGCGAUCGGUGAUUUUUUAAUGUCCGUGUGCAAUCGGUUUAAAUUUGAAUCAAGGCGUGAAUGAUCGCCGUGUAGUAUCGAUUCUUCCUUGAGAGGAAACAUGUAAUCACCUGGAAUAAUAAUAUUGUGUAGGAACAGUGAGCGUGCUGCAGCCCGAGAAGCAGCAACGUGCGAGAUAGCGGAAGGAAGAGAGAUUAUAUUUACAAGAGUAGUGCGUACGUAGGAAUAAGAUACCAUUGUGGAUAGACUGAGCAUGAUCCGAAGAAAGGGUAGAGGUGAAAGACAAUUCGACAACGUGGAUUACACACAACUCACCGAAACCGACAACGGUUUCGUAGACGCACAGUUCUUGCAUCCGCCGGUGAAGAUACCAUGGAAGGCUAUUGCCCUGGCAGCAGUUCUGUUCGUCGGAGGAACUGUCAUGCUCAUUGUAGGCAGCCUGAUUGUCAGCGGGCAUAUCGAUUCUAAGUAUGCGGAUCGAAUGUGGCCAGUGAUUAUUCUGGGUAUCCUAAUGUUUAUUCCUGGAGCUUACCAUGUCAGAGUGGCAAUUCUUGCAUACCGAAAAGUGCCGGGCUAUUCCUUUGAUGAUAUCCCCGAAUUCGAGUAGAAUACUUUUGUACCUAAUAUAAUAUACCAAACGUGCUUUCUAAUCAUUCUACUUGAAUAGUGCGUACAAAAUAAUUUUCAAAUGAAUAUUGAGUAGCGUGUUGAACAGAGUUGAGUAGAUAUUCAAACAUUUUUAUUCAAUACUUAAUUCUCGUGUACAUUUGGAAAUGUAUGACGAAACGACUGAUCUAACGUGCCCAACUUUUGCUGCAACCAAGGUAUUACCUGGAGCAUCAGUUGAAUCCCAUUUGUUUCUUGUAAAUUACUCCACUGGUAAUUCAAGAAAGUCGAAAUAGUUUAUUGGAAAAUGAUCGUAACUUAACUGCAUUGAGGCAUCGGGACCGAAUUUGGUGCAUUUAUAGAAUACGCGUCGAUAUCUUUAUUGAAAAUAUAAUUUUAUUCUCAUUAAAAUAAUUAAUUGUCCAUAGAUAAUGUAACAUGUUGGCGGUGUAUUUAUAUAAUAACUAAUAAACUGUGAAAUCUUACAAUAUGA